GUGGAUAAACGGAGAAACAGUAAAUACAACUCAUUAAUCAUCUCCUCCAGCUUCCUAACGGCUCUUACAAUGGCCUCGGCAACAUCCUCCCUUCCCCCAACGUCCCCUCCAGCAUCGACCCAUACAAUGGAACCGUCUCAGCCACAGUCAUCACCUCUGAAAGCCCCAUCUAUCAUCGUCUCCCCGUCCAAAAAUCCCGUUAUGGAACGCGUCGCCUCUCAACAACUAAACUCAUCACCAGGACCUCAAUGGGCAACAGAAAACAACCCGCACCCGAAAGCGGGAGGGAGUUAUACGGGUGUCUCACCUGCUCCAAGUGUGGAUGGACACGUCGAUGUGGAUGAGGAGAUUGAUGAGUUAUUGGGAGAUGACGAUGUGCAAGAAGGCGCAGAGGAGAAAAAUGGAGAGCCGGAGAAGCAGAAAUGUCAGUGGGGGGAAUGUCAAGGUGAUUUCGACUCCAAGCAAGAAUUUUAUGGGCACGUUAAAGACCACAUCAAUGCUUCCAAGGAGUAUGCAUGUGAAUGGCGGACUUGCAGUCGUGUUGGACACAAGCAAGGCCGAUCAUUGCUGUUGACCCAUAUCCGAGGCCAUACGGGCGAAAGGCCAUACAGCUGUACGAUACCUGGAUGUAACAAAGCAUUCGCACGUACAGACGCCCUCAAUAAGCACAAGCGUACAGUACACGCUGAUGUCACAAACCCCAAUGGUGCCAAACCCUCUAAAGGUGGAAAGGGGAAAACCAAGGCUACACCUGGGACCGGUAAGGGUAAGGGUAAAACCAAAGGUGUUGCUCCCGUUCCUUCUGAUAUCCCCACACCUACUCCCGCCAUCACCUCCAAACCUAAAUCAAAGUCUCUACCUCCACCACUUAUCCUUUCACCAUCGCCUCCUAUACCUCCCGUUUCAGCGCCUGACGAGGAUUUGAUACUGGAUCCCGAACUGGCGGAGCUUAUCCCUCGUCUUCGGUCCCGAUGGCCUAUUAUUCCAGAAGGGAACGAUGAGAUCGAAGCUCUGAGGGAGGCUAGGCGAAGAUUCCCGAGGCACCGUCUAUUCCCCAAUUAUACCAAGGAAGAAGACGUCGAGGAAAAAGGGAGUCGAGUCGGGCUGGAAGAACUAGUAGCCGAUCCUCUUGAUGACCCCGUUGCAAGGCCUUUACGACGGAAUGGUGAAGACGAAAUUGAAUACAGGGAAAGAGUGCGAGAGUAUCUGACAGACACAUCAAGACCCCCUGAUGCGGACCUUCCGAUGGAGGAACUAGAUUAUACCCUGCCGCCUCUUGUCCCAGAAAUUGCACACACAACGGAAGAUCCUGAAGAUCCCGAAGGCGAGGUGGUAGAUGUCCUGGGCAGAAGCCGCUGGCAAGUUAGAUAUAUUAUGGCAAAAGCGAGACUUUUGCUGCUGGAGGAAGAGAACAUGUUGAGGCGAAGAUAUCUGCAGGAACUGGCAGAGACUCGAUAAACCUAUCAAUCACUCAUACAAAAAGGUAUAGCGGACUUCCACUGUUAUCUUGAUGUACUUGCAACAACAAUUAUAUCUGGCUAUAUAUCU